AUGGCGGUCGCAGCCUCAACAGUCAACCGACUCAACCUCACUCCGCUGUCCAAAGCCGAUGAAAACUACCAUAGACCAACUGACCUCAGAGCUUUCGAUGACACCAAAGCCGGCGUCAAAGGCUUAGUCGACGCCGGAAUCACCGAAAUUCCUCGUAUCUUUUACCGCCCACCACCCGAGAAUUAUGACUCCGACAAUAUUUCCCCCGAAACCCAAGUCCAAAUACCAGUGAUAGACCUCGACCAAAUCAACAAAAAUCCACUCAAACGCAAAGACACCAUCGACAGAGUCAGAGAAGCGUCAGAGAAAUUGGGUUUUUUCCAACUGAUUAACCAUGGGAUUCCGACGAACGUUCUUGAGGAGAUGAAAGAUGCAGUUCGAAGAUUUAACGAACAAGAAACUGAAUCCAAGAAACAAUAUUACACUCGCGACCCCACCAAACCUUUGAUUUACAAUAGUAAUUUCGAUCUGUACUCUGCAGCCAUCACCAAUUGGAGGGAUAGCUUUGGCUAUAUCAGUGCCCCAAGUCCCCACAAUCCCCAAGACCUGCCGGAAAUUUGCAGGGAUGUUCUUGUGGAUUAUUCAAAACGAGUAAUGGAGAUUGGGAAUUUACUGUUUGAAUUGCUGUCGGAAGCUCUAGGUUUGAAUCCAAAUUAUUUGAAAGAUAUAGACUGCAAUGAAGGACUUGCACUUGUAUGCCACUAUUACCCACCAUGCCCACAGCCGAAUUUAGCCAUCGGCACAUCAGAGCACACCGACAGUGACUUUAUCACUGUGCUAUUGCAAGACCAUAUCGGCGGCCUUCAGAUUCGGUAUGAGGACAACUGGGUCGACGUGCCCCCGGUCGCUGGAGCUUUAGUGGUGAACAUCGGAGAUCUUAUGCAGCUAAUAACAAAUGACAAAUUCAAAAGCGUUAAGCACAGAGUUCUUGCAAACAAGGAGGGUCCGAGAGUAUCAGUGGCAGGGGUUUUUUCCACGCUUCAUUUUCCGACCUCCAAAUUGUAUAGACCUAUCAAGGAGUUGAUAUCGGAAGAAAAUCCUGCAAUAUACAGAGAAACCACCAUCAGAGACUUCCAUAUUCAGUUCCGAGCCGAUGGCCUUGGAACUUCUACUCUGCAGCAUUUCAAACUGAGUCAAGCAGGUGCUUAAUUUGUUGUUAACAGAGGGAAGUAAAGAGAACAGAGUUGUUGAUUCUGUGUGUUAUCAGUUUUGAUUGAGAACUUGUGAUCAUGACCUGCACAAUCCUAUAGCUUUAAACUGAAACUUGUUCUAUGGUGUACGUUGUUGUCGAUGUAAGAUUGUUAGAUGAAAUGGGCAUAAUUAAUAAAAUUGGUGUGUUAGAAAUA